UCUGCAACAAGAUGGCUGUGGUUCCAGAGAGCAGAGUCCUCACUUUUGGCGUUUUUAAAUGGAGCUCUUACUCCUCUACAUAUUUACCAGAGAAUAUCUUGGUGGACAAACCUAAUGAUCAGUCUUCCAGGUGGUCGUCUGAGAGCAACUACCCUCCACAGUUUUUAAUCCUGAAAUUGGAAAGGCCGGCAAUUGUUCAGAGCAUCACUUUUGGAAAAUAUGAGAAGACUCACGUGUGCAACUUGAAGAAGUUUAAAGUGUUUGGUGGGAUGAGUGAAGAAAACAUGACAGAGCUUUUGUCCAGUGGCCUUAAGAAUGACUACAAUAAGGAAACGUUCACCUUAAAGCACAAGAUUGACGAGCAGAUGUUUCCCUGCAGAUUUGUCAAAAUAGUGCCUCUGAUGUCUUGGGGUCCCAGUUUUAAUUUCAGCAUCUGGUACAUUGAGCUGCACGGUAUUGAAGAUCCUGACGUGGUGCAGCCCUGCCUUAACUGGUACAGCAAG